UAACUUAUGGUGCGAUGUAUCGAAGAUUCAUUCUUUUAGAGUAGAAACGUCCAAAAUUUAAGUAUGACAGAAACAAGUCUAUUUAAUUCGGUAUAGUGCGCGACGAACUUUCUAUGGUUAGAAGUGCUGAGUUGACAUUUUAGUUUUUUUUCUAUGAGCUUUCUUUAGAAAAUUCGAUUUUAAUAUGUUACAGUAUAUCAUAUGAGAUGAUAAAUAAAAACGUUUUCACGAGUCUAUGCUAUGAUUCUCAUUCAACGAUAAUUUUGUCUUAUAUAAGUCAAAUUUUCUACUCUAAAAAACCUUGAACAUGUGAUUGACUUUAAUUGAACAAUUCAAAUAUUAUUUGAAGAAAUGUUUGCAUAAAAUGCUUUUUUCUUCAUCUAUAAGCUUUUAUCUUUCUGGAAACUUGUAUUUCCUUAUGAAAUCCUGAUUUUCAAUGUUUUUUUAAUCAAAAUCAUGGCAAACAUUAUUUUAGAUAGGUUAUUUUUGCGUUCUUUCCAAAAUGUUUGAAUAAAUCUUUUCUGUUCUAUAUAUAUCUGAUCUUGAGGAUAAAGUAAAUUCCAAUGUUUCAUUUUAUUUAUGAUAAUAAAUAUAAAAAAAAGUUAAUAGAAACCAGAUGCUAAUCUCUAGUAAAUGAAUUUAUAAUCAGUUUUUACAAAAACGAACGGUUUAGAUAAAUAAUUUAAUCUGUAGAAAACAAGAGAAGAAUUAUUUUAUAAACUUGUAGAAUGUUGAAAUAAAUAAUGAUGAAUAUCAUUUAAAAGAUUUGAAAGAUGAUCGAAAAUGUGUAAGCAGAUAAUCAUUUAUUUUUUCAAAUCAUUUUUAAUAACUUCAAUUUCAAUCAAAACCUCAAUAUGACUAAUAACAAGAUAGACAUUCAUCAUUCAAAAAUAGUUAAUUCGAUUUCAAUAAAAAUAUCAAAUAUCCAAUCAAAAGUAUUAUAUGGACGUUAUCGAAGCAAAAGAUCAAUUUGGAUUAUAUGUUUUAUUAUUGUUACUAUUUUGAUUCUAUCAGCAAAUUCACUCAAAAAAAUCUCAACUACAAUGACAACGACAACAUCAACAACAUCAACAACAUCAACAACAUCAACAACAACAACAACAACAACAUCAACAGAAGUAACAACAGGAAGAGUUAAUACCAAUACUAAAUGGAAACAAAAUGGAAUUAUCUUUGCUGGAGGCUGUGGCGAGGGUGAUAAAUUAGAUCAACUCAACCACCCUAGGGGAAUCGAUAUUGACGAUGAUGGUUCGAUAUAUAUUGCUGAUUUUUACAAUCAUCGUAUUGUUAAAUGGAUUUUAGAUGCAAACUAUGGUGAAGUUGUUGCAGGUGGAAACGGUCGUGGAAUAAGUAUAGACGAGCUAGAUUGUCCAAAAGAUGUGGUUAUUGAUAAAGUGACUAAUUCAGUCAUCAUUUGCGAUUCAAAUAAUCAUCGAGUUGUAAAAUGGUCUGUUCAAAAUCCGAAAAACCGACAAAUACUCAUUUUAGAAGUUACCUGCGAUAGUUUGGCUUUGGAUAAUAAUGGAGAUCUAUAUGUCAGUGAUUGGAGAAAUAAUGAAGUAAAACGAUGGAAACAAGGAGGAAAAUAUGGAGUAGUUGUAGCUGGUGGAAAUGGAGAAGGAAAUAAUCUUAAUCAACUCUUUUCUCCUAGUAAUAUCGUAGUCGAUCAAGAUUAUUCAGUUUAUGUAUCGGAUAAGUCCAACCAUCGUGUGAUGAAAUGGUUAAAAGGUGCAGAAGAAGGAAUUGUAGUUGCUGGUGGGCAAGGUGACGGUGAUAAUUUCAAUCAAUUAAGUUAUCCCAAAGGAUUGGUUGUCGAUCAUUUGAGUAAUGUUUAUGUGGCUGAUCCUGGGAAUCGUCGAGUGAUGCGUUGGCCAAAUGGAUCUCGAGAAGGUAGCAUUAUUCUUGAUCUACAUAGCUGUUUAGAAAACCCAAAAAAUUUUUGUAUUCUCGAUGAUAUAUCAUUCGAUCGACAAGGAAAUCUAUACAUCGUGAAAAGCUUCGAUCAUAUAGUGCAAAAGUUUGAUAUUGAUGAUUGA